AGCGUCUCUUGUUAGGGGCAUUUAAGCCCUUAACAUUCCAAGAAAUAAUUCUCAUUGUCCUCGAGGGGAGGCCGAAGCUCCCCUCUUCCCAUUAAUUGGAGAAUUUUUGCUUUCCCCAAAGCAACCUUGCAAAUUACGUUUCACAACCCCUGAUCUUGUCACAGGAGGACUAGUCACAAAUCUUUUACUCCUCUUUCUUUUUACACUUACAGAAGUUAGGCAUGUUUUCUUAGGCCUAUCAAGAGAGACCGAAUGCCUCCCUUGCCCACCAGCAGGAGAAAGGGACAAAGUCUUUUGAAUUCCAGCAUCAAUUUCCAUUUGAGUCUUAAGAUUAUUUGGAGGCCUACCUCUCUUAGGAGAAACCACUGAUGGUGAAAAAAACGGAGUUGUUUGGACAAUUGGUAAACUCUUGCAUGACUUUGGAGAAGCCAGGAUAAAUGGGUUAUCUUCAAAACCCAACUCUGUUGUAGCCAAAACCGCAAAAGGAUUAGUAGAUGCAGAAAUUGGAAGGGUCGAGUUUAUACCCCCCAAAUCAUUCUCAAUUGAACAAACAACUCUAUCAGUAAUACCCUCAUCCAUUUGAUGUGCAUGAUUGUUAAAAAUAUCAUUUACUUGCUGAACCAGAUUCUCAUCUGGCAUAAUAACAGGGACAACCUCUGACGGAUUACUAUUCCCUAAGGAAGAUUCAUUAGCCAUAUUAAUUUCAACAUUCAGAGGGGAAUUAUUAGACACCAAAUUCUUAAUUUCCUGAACUAAAGAAGCAUCAUUAGGAAAACCUAUGGCAGGUACCUGUUUAAUAGUUUCCCUAUCAACCACUGCAUUUUUAUCUAAAUUCACAUUCUUUGAAGAAUCCAAAACCUCCUUUUGAGUGCAUGAAGACAAAUUGUCAUCCUUACCCUUUGUGUGAUUAUUUGGCAUCUUAGGGCAAUCUAUCAUUAAUGGAUGCUCUACUCCAUUCAUCGGGGGAUUACCAUCCACUAUACCCCCGUUAUUAGAAAAUGUCUUCAGUAAAGACGAAAGUGAGAUCGAACCCGAAGUGUGAUCAUUUGGUUUCCCAGAACUACGACACAAUGGAUUAUUUUCAAGAUUAAUGUGACCUGUUUCUACCAAUUUAUGCGAAGAGACAUUUCCACAUCCUUCAACCGAAGGUCCCGCCGACAAACUAUCUUUAUUAAGGGAUUUAGGGACAGAGCCAACAACCUGCUAGUUUUUCUUAACAUCCAUAAGUAACGGAGCAUCCAAAAGUAAAGGAGACUUAAGAAGCUCCGUAUCUAAUUUCUCAAUUGACUGGUGCCAAAUACCAUCAUGAGACUUGAUAUUACAAGUACGGGGGCAAACAUUGUUAGGGUUAAUAAGAACAUAAAUUUUUACCAGAACCUCCCCAUCCACAAAGUCCAUUUUAGAUGUUAAAAAAGUUCCAAUAGUAUUUCCAAUUUUCUCAAGAACAUUUGGAUCCAUAAAUUCAAAAGGAAUUUUAGGUAAACCAAACCAGAAAGGAAUAAGUUUCGAACUAGACCAAGAAGGAACAAAAAAAGGUUUCCAAGCCGCAAUUGAAAUUAAAUGUUUUGCAAACCAAUGAUGCGAAGUUCUUAAUACCUCAUCUCUGAAAGAAGGAGAACCAAAGACAAUAAUAAAAGCAUUCACAGACAAUAAUUGAAAAUAAUGCAUAUCCCCCCAUCUUUUCUGCAAUUUAUGAUAAAGCUUUAACAAACUAAUUUGAUCACCCCAAAUUUCCCCAGAAAUAGCAUUCGUAUGCAAACAAUUUGCUUUCUUAUCGACAUAGGAACCCAAAAGAUCAAUACAAGGGAUAGGAGCCCAAACCUGUGAUGAAGAAACCCCCGACAGAAUAGGAUCAGAAGGUAUCUUACUUACCUUUUCCGGACUAGCUUCCUUGAGGUUCACAUUUACCUUAUUUCCCCCCUGCUGUGAAGAAACAUAAACCCUAGCCGCAGUCUCCUUAUUUGCCAAGCCAACAACCCUAGCAAACGUUCGCUGAUUGCCCAGAUCUAAAGACCAUUUCCUCGAAAAGCCCUUGAAUUGCUUCUCAGAAUUCCCUUGAUUCACAUCAUUAUUAAAACGCCCUUGAGUGAAUCUCCUUCCAUUGUUAUUUUGCCUCCAUGCCACACUUCGUCUGUUCCCAAAGAAGCCUUGAAAGUAUUUUGAAGCUGGCCGAAAAACCUUGUUAUUUCUGCUCCGGUUUACCUGUAUCGCCAUGUCCUUCCAUUUGCCGUUCGUGUAGACCCAUUGCGGAACAUGAGGCGGGUCUUCCCAGCCCACAUCCGCCCAUGAACCCAAAUGUCCUCUAUCAGCCAUAUCCGAUCACUGUAUUAACAGCAAUAAACGCUUUUCUUUGCUUGAAGAUACCCGUAUAACACAAUCUUCCUUCCUAUAUUUGAUUUUCUGUGCCCUAAUUUUCCGAGGCAGAAGACAGAAAAAAACGCUAGUCGCGUUGCCAAAACUGCAAAAAAUUGGCCUUUGAUCUUUGAAAAGUGCAGUAAACCCUAGCCGCGUUUCUUUCUCCUUGCAUGCAUCCGUGUGAGUUUAUUGUCCAGUUAAGUCGUUGAAUCCCAAGCUAGCCAUGAUUCAUUUUGCAUUGGUGAGGCCUGGCGCGAUGAUAUAUCUUCACUUUACUAGGUGUAACCCUCUAUCAAUUCUCGAGAUGUUCUUCAGAAGCGAAAACCAGUUUCCUUUCUGAAUUUAUUAUUGAAAUAACAGAAGUAUUACAUUCUUGUAUCAAUUUAUUUUGAAGUGUUUAUAUCAAUCAUUAACGCUAUAUAUUUCAGACUGCUUCUGGCGUCUCAGAUCAUCCUUGUAAUCAGCAAUUUCUGUAGCAAUAAUUCACUGCGACUGGAAUUAUUCAGUUUGCACCUUUAGAAGUCUGGCUGCGCCUCCAAUACAAGCCUCCCCAAAACCCUGUCAAAACAAAUCGCGCGCCUUGUCUAGUUAUAUUUGAUCUGUGGCUGAUCAGAAUGAGAGCCGCCGCACAAAUUCUGGCUCGCUGCUAAUUAUGUUCAUAUUCUGCAGCAAUCAUGAGACUACCGUGCUUAUGCUUGAAUUGUUUUGUUGUUUUUAAAUUGUUUUGUGAUAUAUUUUGCAAAGUGACCGUGCAAAACUUAAAUAUUCUCCCGACUGUAAAUUUUGAGAGCAUUUAAUGCUACCAAUGCUACUUGCUUUUGGCUUCUGAUAGUAAGUUCAUUUUGUUAUUUCCUAUGUGGUAUUUGCAUACGCUUGUGUUGCAGAGGUCCCUAUUUGCCAUUUGCUGUCUUUGGAGAUUUCCGGAGGCUCGCAUGUGCAGGGAACCUUCUUUGUGAUUUGGUCAACGAAAGAAACUAUUCGAAGGAAAGAUAGAAGGACCAAGACUGCCAGUAUAUUGUAUGGACAAUUAAAAUGCAGAUAUAACAAACUUUUCAAGUCUUUUGUCUUCUAUUUGAUUUCAUUCAUAUGCUUUCCAAGCUUCAGCACAACCAUAUGUUCUGAAGAUACCAGUUCUGAGGAACACGAGCAUGAAAUAGGUGAAGAUUCUUAUUUCUCCAUUUGAUUUCCCAUGGCUUACUAGUCAACUAUAUUAGACUUGUCCCCACCCAAAACUUUGCAAAGUGCAAUUGCUCACCUAUGUAAGUACUGCCCAGCUAUUUAUAGUACUAAAAAAAAAAUUGUUUCCUUAGAUUUACAUUGCAGUAUUUUAAAUAUAAUGUUACUCUAUCAUUUGUCAACAAGCAUUGCCUACCCUUUCUGUUUGCAACUAACCAGUAAUUUUGGACUAUGAGUUUAAUAUUGCACACUUAGUUCAGCAAACUAAAAAAUAAAGGCCUCGCAAUGAGGAUACUUUCACCUUCUUCACGGAAAAAUAAAGGCCUUGCAAUCAACCAACGGUUUAACUGAGUGCACCUGUAUGGCCCUCCUCAUUCGCAACCAAUCAGAUCCACCUAUGGUGCUCCAAUGUAACUUCCACAACAAAACAAAUUGGUUGCAAUCAAACAGUACAUUUUCUAAGGAACCAAACGAUAAGUGCGCUUUGAAACAAGGCUACACAUUGUCUCCAGAUUUGUUACAAAAAAACAAAAGAUUGUUACAGUCUGUACACAGUUCAUUCUGUCACAACCACAUGAAGAUAGGACCGUGCUUCUUGCUUCCCUUCCUAAAGUGCCUAGCCACUCUUGUUCUCCAAUUGCUCAUUAUAUCAAUGAAUGACAUAAACCAAAGCUGCAAAUACGUGAAAUGCAACCUCCAAAUUGCCUGUUCAUUCCCUCUGGUACCCUGUUUACUCUUCAUUUCUACACAUGAAGGUGUCUCAGAGAUGUUCCAAUCAAAUCACAAAUUCCCUCAGCUGUUUCAUUUCUUAUUCCUUUUCAUAAUGCAGGUGAUACCACUGCUGCUAAAAGGAAUAACAUCAACUCAAGCUGCAAAUACAUGGAAUUCAGCCUUCAAAUUACCCACCCAUUCCCUCAAGUUAUUAUUCUUUCACAUCAACAUGCAUGCUCCAUUAUCCUCCAUUGUGAGACACAUGUACCGACCAAAUCACAAGUUUGUUGGCUUGUUUCACUUGUCCUUUUUCAUAAUGCAGGUCACAAAAAAUGUUGCCUUCACCACUAAAGAAGACCCAAAACUUCUUUAAGAUGGACCCAAGAAAAAGCUAUGACCAACUGAAGUUAUUCAUAAAAACAAAAUGCUAUUUGUAACAACAAUUACAAAUAUUUUUCAGUAUAUACAAUUAAUCUCUUCUUGGUCAACUUACAUCAAAAUUGCUUCUUACUAUUGUAUCCAUCAAACAAACUUUUCUCAAUAAAUGCUAUGCUUAUUAGUUCCUGCCAAGGCAGGAUACUAUUGCAUUCAUGCAAUCUAAUUCUUUAAUUAGCUUAGCCAA